AUGGAAGGUGCACCCAGGACGGUGAGUUCUUGGCGAGAGCCGCAAGAGAACCCCGACCGCUUCUUGCGGCGCUGGUUCGUCCGCUUUCUGCAGCGCCUGGCUGGGCGGCCCACGCCCGCCGGAUCCGAGGCGCCCGAGCCGCAGCCGGUCUCGGCGGCGCGGGCGUCGUGGCGCAUCUGGCGGCGCCUGAGCUGGCAGGAGGAUCCGCUGCAGAAUGUGGGCUCGCUGCUGCACCAGGCCUUGAUCGACUUGGCCCUGACCAAGGAGCAGCAGGAGGUCUUCGAGAGGGUCGUGGCGUGCAACAAGCACUUCUGGGAAGUGGCGGUGGACGGCGUCUACGAUGGCUCUCCUCCCUGGCGGCGCCAUGUGGCCUUCAACAUGGCGCUGCUGAGGGUUUUGCAUCGGCACCAGGCAGCCCAGCGCGUCGUCGAGGCCAUCACUCAAGAGGUGGAGCCCACGCUGAGCCGCGGCGAGGCGCAGGAGGCCUUGCGGUACUGCCGCUGGACGCUGGCGGCCUACGGGGGCCGCGGGGAGCGGGACGGCUCCGAGACCUUCGACGAGCGCUCGCGCCAGGACAGGAGUUUGCCAACCUCCUCCCCGAGCUGCGAGGAGGAGCGUGUGCACCUUGCGGCUGCGAUUUGCGGACUGAGCGCAGAGAGCAUCUUGGUGUCGGAUUUGGACAACGCGAAGCAGUGCGUUGACCCGCUGUGCCCCCGCUUCCUGCUGGCCAUGGAUUCCGCCCGCUGCGAGCUGAUCCUUUCGAUCCGCGGCACCAUGUCGCUGUCGGACCUCUUUGCCGACCUCAUCGGUGACACCGAACCCUUUGCAGGUGGCCAGGCGCAUGCGGGCAUCCUGCACUCCAGCCGCCGGCUGCUGGACAGAGUCUACCCGCAUUUGAAACAAGGCUUUCACCAGCUGCAGGAGGCCGGCGGCUCCCCCCGCCUGGUGCUGGUGGGUCACUCCUUGGGCGCCGGGGUCUGCGAGCUGCUGGCGGUGCUGCUGCUGGGGGGAGCGAAGGCCGGGGAGGUGCCCUACACGCUGCCGGAGGACGUGCCGCUCCGCUGCUUCCUCUUUGCGCCCCCGCCUGUCUUCGGUGUCCAGACCGAGGAGCGGGCCUCCCACUUCGCCAAGGCCUGGGGAAAGCUGGGCAGCUUCACCUUCCGGAAGUCCAGCGCCGAUGCCGUGGACAAGGCCCGGGAGGCGUCGCUGGCCUUUGCGCUGAACUUCGACAUCAUCCCCCGGACCUCCCUGCACAAUGGCUACAAGCUCUUCCAGGAGGCCCGGCUGGUGGACGACACCGUGGACUGGGGCCAGAGCGAGGUGCUGCGCCGCCUCCGGGAGCCCAAGGUGUCCUUGGCCCAGGAGCUGCUGGAGAAGCUGUCGGCGGAGGCGCGGAAGCGCCCGGCGCCGGGGAACCCCUUCGCGGCUCAGCACGCGGUGGCGGAGCGCGUGGUGCACGUGAACCUGGUGCCAGGCGGCACCGCGGCUUUCAGCCGAUGCACGUCAUGCAGUGAGCCGAGCGCCAUCCUGAGUGCGCGGGAGCGCGGGGGUUGGCUGCAGAAGCGCUCGGACCACCUGCGCCAGUGGCGCCGCCGCUUCGCCUGGAUAGAGGAGGGCGAGCUGCGCUUCGCCCCGGGGCCUGAGGAUCCUGUGAAAACUCGAGUGCCACUCACCGCAGACAGCACUCGAGUGACGCUCCUGGGCGAGCCGAGCGCGGAGCCUUUGCCGCCUGGCAUGAACUCCAUGAUGUCCUUCCGCGCGGAGCAAAAAGAGGUGGAAGCCCCAGGCGAGGUGAAGGUGCCGAAGAACUUCCCGACGCCCUGGGCGUUGCGGGUACAGACGAAUCCCAGCUGGUCAGGCGUGGAGCAAUCGGAGGGCCUCUCAGAGAUCGCCACCUGCGAGGCGGCGGAUGUGGCGAUUUGCGCAGACACCGCCGCGGAGCGGGAUGCCUGGUUGCAAGAGCUAGCCGCUGCGGUGCGCUCCGCUCGGCGCUGCUGCAUGCGUGCCACAGUCAUGGCGCCCGAGAACUUUGGGCGCGAGGCCCUGCUGGGAGAGGGGCUCCUUGCCGACCACGACGCCGGGCGCUACGAGGUGGCGCUCGAGACCAUCAUCGACCAGCUCACAGUUGCUGAGACAGAAUCCGCCCGCGCGUCCUUGAACGCCACCACCGUGGACUUGGCCCGGGUCUUCCGUGAUAACAUCCGUGAAGACGACCUUGUUGUCAUGCGAAUGGACUGUGAAGGCGCCGAGUACGAGCUUCUGAGGCGCAUCGGAGUUCACGUGAAGCUUUAG